CCGUGCCCGAGGCAGGACCCAUCGCAGUGCAGCAAGGCACCGGGCCCCCUCCCUGCAGACGGCCUGCAGCAGAGCUGGGCAUCCAUGCCGCCCCCCAUGACUGCUGGUGGACGGGGAAGCUUCUGCUCUGCUGCAAGGGCAUCAUCCGGCUGCCUCCCCAGCGUGGCACGAAGGAGCCAGAGGACUUCCUGCAGCGCCCAUAGCAGUGAUGCAGAACACGCCGUAACAGGUCUGGCACGCAAGCCCCUAGAAAUGCGGGGCAGGCCGGGGCCGUGAGGUCCCCCAGCCCCACCAGUUGGGCCAGGCUCCGAGGCAGGAUCCCCAUCCUGGGCGCUGCCUGUUCCAGGGGCACUGCAGGCGUUUCCUACCUAACGCUCUGCUGCAGAUCCUGCUGACGCGUCCCUCCCGCCGUGGCCCGGGACAGCGGUGGAUCGGUGCUCCCCAGACGGUUUUGUGUCCCUUGUCCAUCCUCUCUUGCAGAGGAAGGCAGCACAGAUCCAUGAACUCUUCCUCGUGGUUCACGUGAUGAACCUCUUCUGAUUCCUGGUGCUUUCCUCUGCACGCUCCAGUUCGUCAGCAGAUUUCUUUUCUUUCAGUGCCUCCAAAACGGGACGUGACCCUCCAGAUACGGCCUCGCUGGCACUGCAGAGAGUGCAACAGUUCUCUCCUGUGCCCAACGUCCGACGCUCCAGGCACCGGGUCGCAGAUCGAGGCCGGGCAUUUCUUGCAAGAGCUGCCGACUGCCCCGCCACGCGGUUGGUGAUCUGCUGCGACCCCGGCUGCUCUUUUGCUGGCCUGCGGCCUGGCCACGCGCCCCUGUGUCUGCUCAGUGGAUUUCUCCUUCCCCAGUGCAGCACUUUGCACUGCUCUCUACUGAAUCUCACCUUGGUGAUUUUCUUUUUGAAUUUUGGUGUCUCGUACAGGUUUUGCCCAGCGCUGUCUCUUCAGACGUCCGAGUUGUUACUGAAAAUGUUGACUAAGAGGAACCCCAACUGGACUUCCCUUCAGGUGCCCUCUUCCCACCCCUCCCCGUCGUGCACCCGCGCCGUGAUAGUUACACCUAGAUCGUGCUUGUUUCCAUGAGACUGUCACGUGGAUGGUGUUUGAAAGCCUUACCAAUGUCAAAAGGAAUUGGAACUUGUGGCAGAGGUGAUAUCCUUUAUUAGACCAACAAGAUAUUUGCAAAAAAAUUCUUUAUUUGCAAGCUUUCGGGCACACUCACCCUUCCUCAGGCAUAGGAGAAUGCAAAGAUUGCUUACUAGCGUCCCGAGAUGCGGCUUUGCUAGGACUGCUUACACUCAAAUGCACUUGCGUUCCUCGCGGUUGUCCUUACUCCUGCCACCCAAGGGAUUUUUUUCCCCCCUACGAUGCCUUUAGCUUCUCUUAUCAUUUUUCCGCGCUCCAUAGACAGCAGUUGGUGGAAACGAGAAGCUAUGUCCGCUCUUCACUGGUGUAAUGCUUGGUUUCUAAUUGCUGGUUUUGCUGCAGCAGCAGGAGGGCUCAUACACACACUUCUCUUUCCUGACUCUGGAUUUCCGGUUCUCUGGCUAGAAGGCACUUCUUAAGGAAGCCCAAAUCUUUGUUCAGAUUUCUCAGUUUUCCUUUCUUUCAGGAAAUUUGGCCUCUGGAUGCAGCAAGUUUGUGGCGGGGGGUAGCAUACGCAGCAGCUGAAAAUCUGCCGAGGCCCACGGUACCACGCAGUGUCCCCGUGAGCCGCCCAAAAAGCAGAGCGUGGGGUGGGGAGGCCCCUUUACGCCUCCGGGAUUGCAGUAUGACACAUGUGCAAUGCUGUGAUCGUGGUGGCUCCGUGUCCCCGUGACAAGUCGCUGCCCUCCGGUUGUGCACACAGGGAACACCCCUCGUGGCACAGACUCAUGCUGAGUGUGACGCUUGUGAUCUUCCAGGGGCUGGUGAGGUUCGAGGACGUGGCCAUCCAUUUCUCCCAGGAGCAGUGGGAGAUGCUGGCGCCGUGGCAGCAGGAGCUGUACCGUGCCGUCAUGAUGGAGAACUACGAGCUCCUUGUCCAGCUUGGCCAGGAAGCUGCCAAACCAGAGCUCGUCUCCAGGCUCGAGUGGGGGGCAGAGCCGUACGGCCCCGAGCAGCAGGACUUGGAGCGGGGCGCAGUCCCUGCCAGCGCUUCCACGGGGAAACGGUCCGGGAGGAGAGCGGGGAGGCAGAGGCAUCGGGUUGGCUCCCAGGGAGAUGCGGAGGCUCAAGGGCCCUUGUCCUCGACGCUGAAAGCUCAAGCAUCCCUGACCAAGAUUGACAGGCCGAGCCCAGCCGCCGGCAGCCCUGCCCGCCUGGGCCCGGGGGCCCACGAAAGCCAGCUGCAGUGCAGGCAGUGCGGGAAGAGCUUUGCACACUGGCAGAACCUGGCGACGCAUCGGCGUCUGCACACAAGUGAGCGGUCGUAUGCCUGCGAGGCCUGCGGGAAGGGCUUCCGGUGUGUGCACCACCUGGCAGCCCACCGCCGCACCCACACGGGCGAGCGCCCCUUCGCCUGCCCCCGGUGUGGCCAGCGCUUCACCCAGCAGGCCAACCUGCGCACGCACCAGGCCGUGCACGCGGGGACACGGCCCUUCCAGUGCUCGCAGUGUGGCCUCCGCUUCGCCCAGCACCUCGCCCUGGCCCAGCACCAGCUGCUGCACUCGGGCGAGUGCCCGCACGGCUGCGAUCACUACGGCAAGCACUUCGCCACACGCAAGGUGCUGCGAACCCACGUGUGGGGCCACCACGCCAGGGGGGCCCCUGCACCUGCCCCCACUGCGGGCACCGCUUCACCACGCGGGACGGGCUGCGCUACCACUGGUGCAGGCCGGCGGGGCAGCACCCCCACCGCUGCUCCCACUGCGGCAAGGGCUUUGCCACCGCCUCCCGCCUGGCCAUCCACCGGCGCGUGCACUCGGCCAAGUGCCCCUUCGCCUGCGCCCACUGCGGCAAGGGCUUCCGAGCGAGAGCUGGGCACCCACCGGCAGGUGCACAUGGGCGAGCUGCGCUUCGCCUGCCCCCGCUGCGACCGGCGCUACCACCGCCAGAACGAGCUGAGCAAACACCUCAAGCUCCACCUGCCGGAGGUGCCAUGACCCAGCAGGGGACCAGCCAAGGGGGCGCAUUUUGGGGAUGGAUGUGGAGCGGCAUGUGCAGGGCAGAAGGGCCAGGCUGCACUUGCUGAUAGUGGAGCUCCCCCUCCACAGUAAGGGAUCAGGCCCUUCCACUGGGACGCCUCCAGCUGCUCUGCUCAGAGCAAGGGGCUGCGAUACAUGGGUCCAGUGACGGCUGCUGGGAACCAACCUUGUAGUGGACAGUGCGUGCAUGCGUGCGUGCAUUCAGGACUACGUCCCCACCACUCAGCUUUCCCCUGCCCUGCGGAGAGCGUGAGCCCAUGGGCUGCAUGCAGAGCAGAGCAGAGCAGCAACGGGCUGGUGCGGUCCCUGUGCUCUGCCCUGAGCGGGCCCACGAGGGCACUGCACAGACGGCAGCUUUCACUUGGAGGUUAUGGACACGUCCCUUGCACCAGGUUAGCUAGCCCAGUGCAGACGACUCUCUCUAAACAGCUGACGGUCACUCUGGGUCUUGCAGCCACUGAGGCAAGGUGGCCCAGGGAUGCCCGUUUCUGCAGCCAACAACACACAGGGCAGCCGCAGGCCCAGCAUCACAUCCCGCUGCCUCAGCCCCGCACCCUGUGGAGCUGCUCCUGGGACGGAAAUAGGUGUGGGUAGUUUGGGCUCAGCUUGACCCUGGCCCUGCGCCGCAGGAACCGAGUGAAGGCAGCCUGGCUUCACUCGACACAUGUCACUGCAGCCAUGUCACCCCACGUUUAAAAUGACACCUGAUGCUUAACUGUAGGAAAGCUUCGCAAGGACAUAUGGAAAGGGUUUUGGGGCUGGAGCAGCCUGGGAAGGGGAAGCGGGGUGUCCUGGCAGGGAAGGCAGGAGGGCUGUGUUGGGGAUGCUCCUCUACAGCCCUGGGCUUGGUUUGCUGUGACGCGCCGCACCGCACCGCACAGGUGGGAGAGCUGCCGUGCAAAGCAGCCAGGGGAGGUGGUGUCAUCCGCACAUCACCUGGGCACGAACCGCGCCCAGCCCCAACCGCCCCAGCAGAGACCCGCUGGGGCUGAUGCCACAUGGCUGGGGGAAGAGGAUCCCCGGUCCUUGUUCUCUCCAGGUCGGACUGGAGGAUGCCAGAGAGUGACUCCUGGCAGGAGACAUGCACCAGUGUGGACGCCGACUUGGUUAGGGGAGCAUGGGUGAUGGAAACCAGCUGUCUAUGCUUACCUGUAUUGUGAGGGACUGGGUAUAUCUUCGGAGGUUACAUUUAAAGUUUGUUAAUAAAUAACAAUUUAAAAGAAACCUGCCGCACUCACUGCAGCCAAGGGUGAGCAUGCAGCUGCUGUCUGCAAGAUGGGAUUGACCCUGGGAGAGCCAUGGACGAUAGCCUGGCAGCCUCCUCCACAAAAUUUGGGUUCUCCGUGUUAACAGCAAAAUCUGACAGCUCCUGGCUGCAAAGCAAGACCUUGGGGCCAGGGUCCUGCACACACAGCAGGGGAUGCUGAGCCU